GCGGAGGGAAAGGCACACGCGCGCGCUUUUCCAGCCCCUCGCUGCAGAUGCGACUGGACGGGCUCAGGUUUGCAGGGAAUAACUACAAAAUCAACAUUCGUUGUGGUUUCUCAUUGGAGUCCGUCCUCACAUUACAAGCACUUCUCAAACUCUGCAGAAUGAACAGGGCAUUUAACAGGAGAAAGGAUAAACCCAGCAUGCACACACCUGAAGCCUUGGUGAGAAGUCAUGUUGUGUAUAACGCAAAGUUCUUGGGAAUCACAGAAGUGGAGCAGCCCAAAGGGACAGACAUGGUUCGUGUGGCCGUCAGGAAGCUGAAGUUUCAAAGGCACAUCAAGAAGUCAGAGGGGCAGAAAACUCCUAAAGUAGAGCUUCAGAUCUCUAUAUAUGGUGUGAAGAUACUGGAUCCUAAAACCAAGGAGAUGCAGCAUAACUGCCAACUUCACAGAAUGUCCUUCUGUGCAGACGACAAAACAGAUAAAAGAAUCUUCACCUUUAUCUGCACAGAACCCGAAACGAAGAAACACCUGUGUUACGUGUUUGACAGUGAAAAAUGUGCGGAGGAGAUCACUCUCGCUAUUGGACAAGCCUUUGAUCUCGCCUACAAAAAGUUCCUAGAGUCUGGUGGGAAAGAUGUAGAGACGAGAAAACAGAUUGGAAACCUUCAGAAACGAAUCCAGGAUUUGGAGAUGGAGAACUCAAAACUGAAGAAGAAGCUUAAGGAGCUGGAGGAUCAGCUGAUGGAUUCUCGCUGCUCGCCAAAGCCGUCUGCCUUGUCCUGGUGUGGUGAUGAUGUCACAUCACUGUCCAGCCUAGAGAUCUCCUCUGUCACUCUAACGCCUGUCAGCUCACCCGAUUCCAGCCAAUCAGCAAGCUUGCUCACCCCGCCUCCUGCUAAGCCCACCCACUCACAGCCCACAAGUGGUUACAUCGUGCCACGACCUCGUGCUGGAAGCAUACAAGCUAGAGCACCCUCUACUGACAUAUUCGAUAUGGUUCCAUUCACCCCCGAAUCUCCAAUAACAAGACGAUUGAACUGCAACGGCAUCUCAUCUCCGCACCUGCCUCCAAAAAAAGACAGAGAUAUCGAUCUGUUUGGAGCAGAACCAUUUGAUCCGUUCAUUUGUGGACCUGCUGUCUUCACCCCAGACAUCCAGUCCAAACUGGAAGAGAUGCAGGAGGGGUUCCAAAUGGGACUGACUCUAGAGGGGACGGUGUUUUCACUGGACCAGGUGGACAGCCGAUGCUGAUUUUGGAAAGACAUUUUUGUAUAUGCUGUGAUUAUUGACCACAAAACCCUCAAAAAUCACAUAUUUAAAUAUUUGAUUUUGAAUCGAGUUUGAAAGAAGUUUAGCAGGAGCCUCAAAAAAAGGUCUGUAAAGGUCAUUUCUAUUUUUAUAUGAUCAAAUCAGCAUUUCAGAUUGUACAUACAUAUGAUUUGUGUAUUUUAACUUCUUAAUCUUGUAACAGAAACUGUGAGAGAAACACAAAAUGUGCUCUAGCACUUUCUAGAAAUUUUCUAGAGUUUUGACCAAAUUUAGACUGUUUAAAUUCAUUGAUGGCCAGAAGUUGUGUUUAAAAUCUUUUAUACCAAAUUAUAAAAUAUAUAUAUAUAUAUAGGCCAUUCUACAGAAUUGGUGCAAACUGCUGUCCCACAACCAAAACAUCAGGAAAUAUUUCUCUGUCCCUCUCUCUCAUAGCUACAAGGUGUGAGUAGAUAGGUCUUAUCAUUUACUACCAAACACCUUUUUUUCUAUAAUUUAGCUGACUUUUUUUUGGAGUUUUUCCAUAAUGUUUAGUUUUUAUUUGUGUACAACUGUUCAGAACUGUGCUAGCUAACCAUGUGCUGAUUAGCAUCUUUGAGCUAGGUUCAAAAGUAUAUAAAAUUCCCCAAAAAACAAAGAAGUCACUACCGAAACUCAAACUCCAACACCAAAUGUUUCGGUAGUGACAUCUUUGUUUUUUUGCGUAUUAUCCCAUAAAAUUGUCACUAAUGAAACAGACACUACCAAAACAUGUUAUCAUUCUUUCGGUAGUGACAAAAGGGAACACAUAAUCCUCAUAUUUGGGGGAAAUAAACCAAAUUUUAGGACAGUUAUGCAAUCUUUUUGAAUUUUGGUAUGUUUUAGUAGUGUUUUAGUAUGUGGGUUAAAAUUCUUCACUACUGCAAAUGUGCUGUCAUGACCGAAACAUGGGAUGCUUUGUCAAAAAUGAAGUAUAUUGAAUUAUCAGCUAAGAUGUUAUGAUAGUUUUUGGUUCAAUGUAGAUUCAAACUAAUGAAUCCUUAACUUUGAAAUCAGUAUGAUCAACUUUUUGACUUUUACAAAGACAAAUUGGAUUCAAAAUACAACAAAUCUCAUAAAUAACACUUAAAGUAUUAUAAAUGUAAUUGUUAUGGAUUUACCUCUGAAAAUAUUUUAAUAAAAAUAGCAAAUAUAUAUAACAAUAUAUUAUAUAUUUACAAUCUAGAUGUAAGCUAAAUCUUAAUAGGUUAAUAUAACCCUUAUAAUUAAAUUAUUACUGGUUUGGUAAAUUUGAGGUACAAAUUUGAGGAGAGGACAAAUAUUUUAAAACUUUCUGAAAAUACAGUAUGAGAAUUAACUGCACACUGUUACUAGAAAUGUGUACUUUUUUUGGAAAAAGACUUUUUUUUUCAGGACAUUUCCAACUCUCACUUUGGACCAAUUCUGUAGAAUGGCCCAUAUAAUGUGGUUCCAGAGGCAGUUGCUCAUCUGCAACCAUAAACUCUAAUAUCUAAACUAUUUUUUCAGGGUUAUAGAUUUAUCAGCCUUGAAAUAAAAUCAAAAACUAGUGGGUCUUUAAUAUGUUCUCCAAGAUCAUUGCUGAGGUUUGUAUUUCCAGAUCCUUUUUACUUUCAUUGAUGGCUGUUUUAAUAUUUGUUAAAUGCGUCUCACUUGCUCUUUGGUGGUGAAUAAAUGAAAACUGACAGCA